UAUGUACUAUGGAGGCCUUUGGUCUGGAAGAUGGCAGAAUCCCAGACUCAGCCGAUAAAUGCUUCAUCGUUUGUGAAAGAGGGAGCAGAGCCCAGUCGCGUUCGCCUCAAUUCCCCUUCUGCAUGGGUUGCAGACCACAGUUACCCUGGGCCCUGGCUUCAAAUUGACCUUGCAAAGGACGCAGUGGUCAAGAAAAUCGCUACUCAGGGAAAACGCGGUGCCUAUCACUGGGUAAAGACUUACACAUUUUUAUCACGUGCCGAAGGAGAGACAGACUGGGUGACAUAUAAGGAGAACGAUGAGGUGAAGGUAUUUCAAGGUAACAAUGAUCAGAAAACAGUGGUUUCCCAUGUGUUGCUACAGCACAUCAGGGCUCGGUUCGUAAGGUUCUGGCCGAAGACUUGGACCAAUAAAUACAAAGCAAUGAGGGCAGAACUGUACGGCUGUUUCCUUCAAUAACCGCGGCAGCCCUAAUACGGUUGGAACAGCAAUUUGCAAAUUGUAUCACGACCAAGGAAUAGACUCGAACUUGUUAAAUUUGUCGUUGCAGGUCACGGAAUCUUUGUAAAGUCAUCUGUUUCAAGAGAAGGCAAA